AUGAGUGCUUUUUCCUUUUCUUCAUCGGAUUCUGAAAUAGGAGAGAAAUGGGUUCCAGAUGCAGUGCAAGGAAAGCAUAACGGCAACGAUCAUCCGGAUCAUUCGGAUUCUGAUGGUCAACUUAGUGAUAAAUGGAAUAUGAUUGAUGUAGAUAUUAAAGAAGGUGUUGGUUCCAAUGAUGAUGAUAAGAUGAAGGCUUUUAGGGUAACUUCGGCUGAGUCUACUUCAGAGUGUUUACAAUACAAUGAUAACUAUGAUUCACUUUCUCCAACUUCUUCUCAUUCCCGUUCGGAGUAUUCUUCUUCCGCCUCGGACUCCGGAUCCGCCUCCGAACCAUCAUCUUCCGAUACCGUCUCUUCUUCAAAUAGUUCUGCUGUUUUAUUAGAAUUAUCUUCAAUGUCAAAUGAAAAUGAUGCUGAUAUUUUAUCAAAUACGAGCAGUGAUGACUCGUCGUCUAUUGCUGUCUCGAAUACUGCUUUUAAUAAUAAUAUUAAUAACGGUAAUAAUAAAGAAAAUGGCCCUAAUUUUAUAGAGAAACUUUCAACUUCUCGUGAUACUUUAGUGAACCCCAUGAAUAAUAAUGCUGAAAGAAACACUAAUAGGAUGGGAGGAGCAAUAGCAGUAAAACCAACGUCUAGUAAGAAUAAUAGACCAAAUUAUGGGGUUUCUGAUUUAUUAGAACUUUCCUCUCCUCCAACUUAUCAACACUUAUUCCAACCAAAUACUAACAAGUCACAACAUUUAAAUUCACCUGGAUUUGGUACAGCUCUAGAUUCAACUUUCUGUUCUCCUUCAGACAUUUCACUUAGAUUUAAUUCAUACCUGGGUGGUCAACCCAUAGGAUCAACCGCCUAUUAUGAGUCGAUUAAUGCACCUUCUAUGGCAAAGAUGGGUACGGAAUACAAGCCACCUUUAUUGGGAAAAUCCAGAGAAUCAACUUGUUGUUCACCAUCUCUAACGAAGACGGGUCUAGGAUAUGAUCAACCAUAUUUACCAACAAAAAACUCAGUCUCACAAAAUUCUAAAUUCACUACUUAUGGUAAUGAUAAUGAGAAAUAUUCUUCCAUGCAUAAAAUAACUGAACGUCAAAUUAGAUACGAAAAAGAUAAAAGGGAUAAGAAAAUCUUUUGUUUAACUGCAUUAGUAUAUUUAUUGGGGUUCAUACUAUCUUAUAUUAUCAUUUUCAAAUAUUUUGAAGUCACUUUAUUUAGAAUGUUCAACAAAAAUAAUGAUAAUACCAACAACAAUAACAAUGAUCUUUUCAAAUUAACCAAAAGUAAUAAAGUUUGGUCGUCCACAAAUGGGAAAUAUUUCGUUGAUUUUGAUAAAAAAUAUGCAUAUCGAGUAAAUAAUGAAAAUGAUUUGAAAAAUCAUUGGUUUAAGAUGAAAAUACUUUGGUAUGAAACAAAAUUGAAGAUUAUGGAUCAAAAUACUUUAAAUUCAAUGCUACAAAAUUGUCAAAAUUUUGGGAAUAAAUUAUCAAUUAAAGCUAUGGAAUCUUACAACUUUUUCAAAUUAUAUGGUAUAAAGACAAAUAAAAUCAUUUCCAAAUCCAUGAAAGAUUAUUAUAAUAAGCAAUUAAAUCCAUUUUAUCAAUCAUCAAAUAAAAUUGUGAGAAGAUUUUUCAAAAUUCAUUACAAGGCUAUGGAAACAUAUUCAGUUAAGAUGUAUAAAUUAAUGAAUAAAUCAUUAGAAUCAACAAUUAAGUAUCAAUUGAAACCAUUCUAUCUAUCCAUGUCCAAAUUAGUUACGAAAAACUAUAAACCUUUAUUGUGGAAAAAAAUAUUAUGA